GGGAUGAGCUUUAUGUGCCUGAAGAUCAGAGGGUGACAUGCGCACUGCACGGAGCGCUCACAAGCCGCGGACACAAUGCUGCAAAAUAGAAACGCUCAGCUUGCUUUUUGAUAUCUUACCAUCUCCCAACACGCUGUUAUGACUUGUCCCAUCGGGAAAGUGUCAUUCUUUGUAAAAUCUUGCCUCGGACUGGAGGAGGUGGUGGAUGUGCUGUGUUUGGAGCUCAGUGGAGACCUGUUGAUCGCCCUCCGGCGCUGCGAUGAAGGUGCCAAACAAAGAAGAAUGAUGUUGAACUGAGACAGAAAGUCAUAAAGACACAAUUCAUCUGAACCAUCUGGCAGGCUACGAUGGAAAUCAUGGACACUCAGCGUGCCUUGGAGGCUGUGGAGCGGCUGCAAGCCAAACUGAAGGAGAGAGGGGAGGCCCCCACACAGGAGAAACUCUCCCUGCUGAAGACUGUCCUGCAGAGCCCCUUGUUCCAUCAUAUACUCAGCUUACAGCAAGCUCAGCUGAAGCCCCCAGCGAAGGGGAAGGGCAUUUCCAAAUCUGUGUCCAUGAACUGUGGCCCGUGCCAGGGCAUAGCGCUGGACGUGAAGACGCUGAGCCACAGCGAUUCCUACACGUGGGCCAUGGAGAACAGAAGACCCAGCACGGCCAGAUCCUUCCACCGGAGCGGCAGCACCUCGUCUCUGGGCUCACAGGAGAUGCCCUUCUCAGACAUCUACCCAGACAACUGCAUUCACACUGAAUCUCAGUACUGCACUCCCCCUCGAAUCUCCCGAAGCAUGUCGAUGGGGAGAAACCUGUCUGCUAUUGCUCAUGAGAGGCGUCAUGUGGAGAUGAUCGAGCUGAUCAAUGAUGGGAAGGGCCUCGGCUUCGGCAUCAUAGGAGGACGCAGCACAGGAGUCAUGGUCAAAACCAUCCUGCCAGGAGGAGCUGCUGGACGGGAUAAACGGCUGCGUAGCGGAGAUCAAAUCCUGCGUAUUGGAGAUAAAGAUCUGGCUGGCAUGAACAGCGAGCAGGUGGCUCAGGUGCUGCGAAACGCUGGUAGCAAGGUGAAGCUGCUCAUCGCCAGGGAUAUCACCAAGGGCAACCACCUUUCCUCUCCCGUCCUCAGCCAGGACAGCCUGGAUGACAAGCUCUGUGACUUGAACGACGACUAUGAGUUCAGUGUGCAAUUCACUAAAAACAGCCGGGGCCUGGGAUUCACUAUUUCUAGCUACAUAGGCGACCUAAACUCAGUCUACAGCGCUGGUGUGAUAGUGAAGAGCAUAGUGAAAGGCAGCACUGUCGAUCAAGAUGGACGCAUCCACAUCGGAGACAUCGUUCUAUCUGUCGACGGGGUGAGCCUGCAGGGCUGUAGUGAGCAACGUGCAAUGGAAGUGCUGAGGAGGACGGGUCCUCUGGUCCGGCUGAGGUUGUUGAGGAAAACAGUCCGUCUUAGCCACAUCCUGCCCCCGGUCCCUCCCCUACAGCCCCUCCGACACUCCCACAGCUUCAACGAGGGCAAUCCCUACAGAGUGGGCCUCAACAAGAUUCAGGAGACAGGAAUCUGCUCACUGCGUGAAAUCUCCCGGCGAGCAGCAUAUGCCAACAGACGACCCCGACAUGAUUCCAGAAACGGAGUGAAACUGACACCAGCUGAGGAGGAAGACCUGAGGAAGAGGUGGCAACAUGCAGUUGGACCCCGUUAUGACGUUAUUGUUUGUCAGCUGCAGCGUUUCAGUGAGACGAGCGGUCUGGGCAUCAGUCUAGAGGCUCGGGCAGGGCAUCACUACCUGUGCUCCGUCUUACCUGAGGGGCCUGUCGGCCAAAGCAGCAAGAUCUUCAAUGGAGACCAGAUAUUGGAGGUGAAUGGGAUCCCUCUCAUUGGAGAGACACACAAGGAGGUGGUCAAUAUUCUGAAGGAGCUGCCGAUGAGUAUAUGCCUGGUAUGUUCUCGCAUUUUACCCCCUGCGAUUCCUGACAGUGAUGAGGAAGAGGACGAUGAUGCCCGUCUCACCCUGAAAGAGCUGCUGGCUGAGUUCAAUGACAAGUUGGACCAGGGCUGUGUCAUUCCCUGUCCUACAGCUGAGGACAUCACCAAACGUGGCGUGCCCCCCAUGUCACCUCCUCUGGCCAUGUGGGAGAGAGAGGCUCAGGUGGUCGAGCUGGAGAAAGGCGAGUCGGGACUGGGCUUCAGUAUCCUGGACUACCAGGAUCCAGAAGAUGCCACUAAAACAGUUCUGGUAAUCCGCUCCUUGGUUCCUGGAGGUGUAGCAGAUCGAGAUGGUCGCCUGCUUCCUGGAGACAGACUCAUGUUUGUCAAUGAAACUGACCUUGAAGGCUCCAGUCUUGAUUAUGCCGUGCACGUCCUAAAGUCCACCGGCUAUGGUCCCGUCCACAUCGGUGUUGCCAAACCGCUGCCGCUGGAACUGUGCGGCGGUUUGACGCCCAUCUCGGAGAGAAGCACUCGAGCUUCCUGCGAUGACACUGACAGCCACACUCAGGUCAGCCUGCUAGCUGAGGCAGCCGAGGCUAACACCAACACCUGCAACUCUGAGGACAAAAGCAUCAUCCAGCCGUGUUGCACCACUACGGAAAACCAGCUGCGUCAGCGCUUUGGCGACAUGGAAGCCGACAAUAGGCAGCAAGCGCCACCUCUGCCCCCCCGCACCAGCUUUGAGAGGACAAUCACUGUUGUCCGGGGCAACCGUAGCCUUGGGAUGUCGGUGAGUGCUAUCAAGGACGGCUCAGGCAUGCUGGUGCGCAGUGUGGUCCAAGGGGGCUCUGUUAGCCAGGAUGGCAGGCUGGGGGUGGGGGACGCCAUCUUGGCCAUCAACGGAGAACAUACCUCCAACCUGACCAACGCCAAGGCCAGGGCCAUGCUCCGCAGACACUCUGUCAUAGGGCCAGAGAUGAGUAUAACCUACGUCCCAGCCUAUCAAGUGGAUGAGCACCGUACUCAGCUUUGUUUGCCCUCUCUGGCAUCCAUCUCAGCAGACAGCUCCUCUUCCUCCCCCACCCCACCAACUGCUUCUCCAGAACCUGCGUUGGCUCCGGCCAGAUCCCCCGGUCCAGUCAGAGCUGCGGUUCCAGUUCCAGUUCCAGUUCCAGUUCCAGCUCCAGAUGUAUCCACUCUCAAACCUUCUGCCUCAUUCAGAUUUAAAGCCGCAGCUCCAAAUCCAGCGGCAGUCAGAGCCUCUGCUUCAUUCAAAUCUCCAUUCAGAGGCCGGGCCGCAGUCCCUACCAUCAGCCCGGCCCCAGACUCAAGUUGGCAGAUUCCUAAAUCUCACAAGAAGAAAGAAGAAGGAAAAGAAGAAGGUGAGAUUGUGCAGCAGAAAAAGAGCAAAGUACCAAAGAAGCUGGAGGUGGAGAUAAAGGUGGACGGUAAAGAAGAGACAGAUGAUGAGUUUUAUCCUCACACCCCCGUGUCGUGGGAUCAACCUAGAAGUGUGCGGCUGACUCGAGCACCAGGCCAGUCCCUGGGUAUCAGCAUCAUGGGAGGCAGAGGCAUGGGCCGAAGAGUGAGCAGCGGACAGAUGAUGAGGGGAGUCUUCAUCAAGCACAUCAGCCCCGACAGCCCAGCAGCACAUAAUGGCACCCUUCGGACUGGAGACAGGAUACUGGAGGUGUGCAGUGUGGAUCUAAGAGAUGCCAGCCAUGAGCAGGCGGUGGAGGCCAUCCGCACAGCCGGAGACUCUGUCGUCUUCCUGGUUCAGUCCGGAAAACACAGAUCUCAGUCUCCUAUGCUCAGCAACCAUGAGAGGCUAACUGCAACCCCACAGUCCAACUCACACAGCAGCAAGGAAGCAGAAACUCUCAGUGGUCUGUUCCUUAGUCUCUCCCCUACAAACCCCUUCACUCCCACCCCCUUUAAGGCACCUUCGCCGACAUUUGAUAGAACGGAUCGGAGAAGUCCCAUAACUGUCACGACACCGAUCACGGCGGCAGCUGAAGACGAGGAAGACACUGGCAGAAAAAAGAUGUUCCAGCGUUAUGGCAGCCUGUCUGGGAAGCUCCAAAUGAUUGAGCUAGAGAAGGACCCCGCGGCUCACGGCUUGGGAAUCAGCCUAACAGGCAACAAGGACGGCACCAGGGCCCGCAUGAGUGUCCACGUGGCGGAUAUAGACCCUCAAGGACCUGCUGGUUUAGAUGGGAGGAUACGGGUGGGGGAUGAGCUGCUGGAGAUCAACGGUCAGAUCUUGUAUGGGCGGAGUCACCAGAACGCCUCCACCAUCAUUAAUAACGCUCCCUGUAAAGUCAAGAUCAUUCUCAUCAGGAAUAAAGCAGCUGUGGGUCAAGUGGCUCCAGGAUCCAGAGCAGAGAGCGAGGACACAGUCGACAACCGGAGAGACUCGGCAGAGCGUGGAGGAUUAUCCCGAGACACCCAUCACAUCAUCCUACCUCAGGAUCAUGGAGAUCUUGGCCUCUGUCUGGCAGAAGAGGAGACCAAGGAGGGAGUGGUGGUCAGGUCCCUGAUCCAGCAUGGCACUGCUAGUAAGGACGGCAGGAUAAAGGUUGGAGACAGAAUCGUAGCGGUGGGUGAUGAACCUGUGGCUGGACUGUCAGUGGACAAGGUGUCCAGUUUGAUUCUCAAACACCAGGUCACUGUCAAACUGUCCAUCAGCCGCUCUAAGAGUCUCUCUUCCUCCUCGUCUUUACCUCUCCCUACGACCGCCUCCUAUCCCCCCCGCGCUCCCUCUCCUGCUUCCUCCCCAACCCUUCCUGUCUCCUCCUCCUCAUCCUCCUCUCCAUCCCUCAACACCAUGCUGACGUCUCCCACGGGCCGGUCUGAUUGGCCAGCAUCCACUUCAGCAUCUUCUGACCUCUUGAGCUGUCCGGUUGUGGCAGGCAGGGAAACCACCAUAGAGAUUUGUAAAGGAAGUUUAGGACUGGGCCUCAGCAUUGUAGGAGGAUGUGACACUCUGCUGGGGGCAGUAAUAAUCCAUGAAGUGAAUGAUGGAGGAGCAGCACAGAGAGAUGGUAGACUGCAGGCUGGAGACCAGAUAUUAGAGGUAAACGGUAUCGACCUGCGGCAGGCCACUCACGAUGAGGCCAUCGGCGUGCUGCGGCUCACCACCCAGCGUGUUUGCCUGUGUGUCUUCAGGCACCAGGAGGCUUACAGAGAGGAGGACCUGUGGGAUGUCUUCAGCCUGGAGCUGAGGCCUCAUCCUGGAGAGGAGUUGGGGUUCACCACUGUGGGGAAGAGUAAUGACACGGGCAUCUUUGUGUCAGAUAUCAUCAAAGGAGCCGUAGCAGAUUCAGAUGGCAGGUUGUUGCUCGGUGACCAGAUUCUGUCAAUCAAUGGGGAGGAUGUCCGUGCAGCAUCGCAGGAACAUGCAGAGAAGCUGCUGCAGAAUUGCAGUGGAGCAGUCCACCUGGAGGUGGCUCGUUUUAAAGCUGGACUGCAGUACUCACAGUGGAGCCAGAGCGAAGACUCUGAGUGUUCCACCCUGACACCCUCAAGUGGAUGUGAUGCUUCCCUCGGCCACCAGAGGGAGACAGAUGACAGAACAGGGAGCCACACAUUCCAAGGCUACCCUGACACCAGAAAAGUAAUCAUUCAAAAGGGUCCAUGUGACUCCCUGGGCAUCAGUGUAGCAGGAGGAGUGGGCAGUCCCCAUGGCAACGUACCUCUUUUUAUUGCUACCAUGGAUACCAAUGGACUAGCUGCCAAAACACAACAAUUACAGACAGGAGACAGGAUCCUCAGUAUCAAUGAUGUGUCCAUGGAGGGAAUGACUCAUGUCCAUGCGGGAGCCCUGCUAAAGACCGCCACCGGAACCAUCAGUCUGCAGGUUGCAGCAGGUUCCAGGGGAUGCAGCACACAGGAUCACAGUGAUAGACAAGCCCGAUCGUCAGGUCAACCCAGCAGCCUGCCCUGCUUUCACAACAACCUGUGCGCUCGAAUGUAUAAGACCAUCACUCUGGAGAGAGGCUCCUCGGGUCUGGGCUUCAGCAUCGUAGGAGGGUUCGGCAGCCCUCACGGAGACUUGCCGAUUUACAUCAAAACUGUCUUCAACAAGGGGGCGGCCGUAGAGGACGGCAGGCUGAAACGAGGAGAUCAGAUCAUCGCUGUGAACGGACACUGCCUGGAGGGCGUGACUCACGCCGAAGCUGUCGACAUCCUCAAGAAGACCAAAGGAACUGUUGUCCUCACUGUUCUGUCUUGAGGACAUUGCUUCCUAUUUGGAUUAUGUUUUAGCAGAGUAGCCCAUAAAGUGAUGUAGCCGAACUGCUUCACACCGAGCUGAGAAGACAAAGAUAGAGACAUAAACAAGUGACGUAGUUUUGUUUAAAAUGAGACAAGUAUUUAUUUAUUUGUAGUUAGUUUGGGGAAGCUACCUCUUUAACUGCAAACACAGGCUGAGUGUGUUUACAUGUACACAGUAUUUCCAAUAUCAUAUUUUCAUGAAGGUGUCAUUUGAGCUAAUAUGUUUAUGUUACAUGAAUAUUCAUAUCCUAAUCAAUAUCUCUGUAUUCAUAACAGCUCAUACAACCAUAAAGGCUGAUAUUAACCAGGCCGACACCUCAGUGUCCCGACUGAUGAUGAUGAUGAUGUUAUAAAGAUAACACUCUGGAAUUUAAUACCAUCCCCAAAACUCUGAAUCUGUCAACCCUACAGAUGACUGCAAUAGAAACAUCUCUCAUGAAAUGAUGUGAGAAUGAACAACUGUGAUGAAUUCCCAAGACCCAAAACAUGCCAAGUGCUUCUGCCAAUCUUUUAUAUGGCAUCAAGGUUUUAGGAAGGUUUGCUUUGUUUUACUAUAAAUUAUCAUCAUUAUAUGCUGACAAUAAGAAAUGUGUCAUGGAUUCUUUAAUAAUCAUCUAUUACAUGACAUGUGGAUAAUAAACAUUGCAUUACACCUCAUGUUAAGCAGGUAGAAUAGAAGAAAACACCUUUAAAUGCAGCUGCUGAUCCCAUAUCUGUUGAUAUCUGUUGAUAUCUGUUGAUAUCUGUUGAUAUCUGUUGAUAUCUGUUGAUAUCUGUUGAUAUCUGUUGAUAUCUGUUGAUAUCUGUUGAUAUCUGUUCUGCUUCAGACACAGUGCAGCUGAACCUGUAACUCUAAUUACUGAUUUAUUAUUUAUUGCUGAAUCUUCAGACUCUUUAACUUAAUCAGUUGUUUUUUAGUUCUUCAGAAGAGUAUUGUUAUAGUGUAAUGUGCAAUCUUUAUUUAGAAAGCUUCUCUUACCUACGACAGUUUGUUUUAUAUGAAUUUAUUUAUACUGUGAUAUUUAUGUUUUCUUCACUGUGAUGUAUUUGAGUCUUCAGAGCC